AUGCCUCCCAAAACACUUCACGUAGCAAUGCUAUGCAGUCCCGGCAUAGGUCAUUUAGUUCCAGCAUUAUUAUUUGGCCGCCGUCUCGUCACCCACCACAACCUCCAAGUCACCAUCCUCGCUGUCACCACCACCACCACUCCAACAGCCCAAUCCCAACUCCUCACUCCCUUCACCGCCGACAUCCACCUUCCGGUCAUCCAAAUACCUGCUGCAGACAUCUCUUCAGUCGUUUCUCCAGAUGCCAAAGUCGUCACAAAGAUUUGCACCAUGAUGCGGGAAACAAUACCCACCAUCCGUACCACCAUUUCCUCCAUGGACCCUCGUCCCGACGUCUUUGUCGCCGAUAUCUUUUCAACAGAAUCUUGGGUUAUCGCUGAAGAAUUCGGGAUGCCCAAGUAUGUAUUCAACACUGGUAACGCAUGGUUCACCGGACUGUUCACUUACUCCCCGGUGCUAGAUAAGAAAGUGGUAGGUCAAUAUGUUGACCAGACAGAGCUGUUUGAGAUACCGGGUUGUAAACCGGUUCGGCCGGAGGAAGUUGUGGAUCCAAUGCUGAAUCGGGACGAUGAAGACUAUCGGGUUUACUUAAACCAAGCAAUUGGUGUGACUUUGGCAGAUGGCAUGUUAAUAAACACAUGGGAAAAUCUGGAACCACAAUCUCUUCAGGCUCUCAGAAAUAACAAGAUUUUGCGUUCCAUCCCGGUAUACACAGUUGGUCCAAUAGCCAAAAAAUACGAACCGGUCGGCUUGAAAACUGAGGUGAUUGAAUGGCUUGAUAAACAGCCGGAAAGGUCAGUCAUAUACGUGUCUUUUGGAAGCGGUGGAACGUUAUCAGCCGAGCAAAUUACAGAGCUGGCUUGGGGAUUGGAGCUGAGCCAACAACGAUUUGUUUGGGUGGUCCGGCCACCUGCUGGAUAUGAUAAAGAAGUGUCUUUUUUCAAAUCCGGUCAUUCCGGUGAACCAAAUAGUGAACCCGAGUAUCUUCCAGAAGGGUACUUGACUCGAUCCAAGAAAAUGGGAUUUGUUGUGCGUUCAUGGGCCCCACAGGUAGAGAUUUUGAGCCACACAUCGGUUGGGGGGUUUCUGACGCACUGUGGAUGGAACUCAACGUUAGAGAGCAUCAGCAGUGGGGUAGCCAUGAUAGCAUGGGCGUUGUAUGCUGAACAGAGGAUGAAUGCGACGAUGCUGACGGAGGAGCUGAAGGUGGCGGUGAGGCCGGAGGUGUUGCCGACGAAGAAAGUGGUCGGGAGGGAGGAGGUAGAGAAGAUGGUGAGGUGUUUGAUAGAUGGCGAAGAAGGAAAAGCAAUGACAGAGAAAGUAAAGAGGUUAAAGGAAGGUGCUGAGGAAGCAUUGAGUGUGAAUGGUUCGUCUUAUAUUUCAACAUGUAAAUUUGUCGAUGAUUGUUGGUCACGGAUUCAGCAAUCAAUCUGA